AUGCUAUAUUCAAGUAUUGCAAUUAGCUCAAUACUUCGUCGAAAUGUAUUGUUUAAUAGUGAUGAAGCUCCUAUUGAUGGAAAUAAAAUGACCAUUUCUACUCUAGACCAAAUCAAUGAUACCGGUCUCAUCAGACAGCGUUGUCUUGAAAAGAAUGUUGAUACAAUUAUUAUUACUGGUGAUGAAAUCAUAGAGCUUUACUCAUUUGAAAACAUUGAUACACUUAAAACAAUCAAGAUCACAGCCACCAAAGUUACAGAAAUUCCAGAAAACUGCUUUAAGAACUGCCGUAAGCUCGCAACAGUUGAGCUCUCAGAGAAUAUCAUAAAACUCGGCAACAGUUGCUUCGAAGGCACAAAUCUUACCACAAUUGACCUCUCACACAUCCAAACUAUUGGUGAGUUCGCCUUCCGCUAUUGCCACAGCCUCGAUAAAAUCAAGCUCAACCAGUCCGAGCUUGGAGCUGGAUUAUUUAUGGACACAGGUCUCACAGAAGUUGAAUUAGGCUCUGGUGUUACACAGAUCCAAACAGGCUGCUUCAUGUAUUGCGCAAAUCUUCAAACCAUUACAAUCCCUAACACAGUUCAAGUUAUUGGCGAAAGGGCCUUCGUUUACUGCACAAAGUUAACAAAGGUCAACUUCGCUGAUAAGUCCACCCUCCAGCAAAUCGGCGACGCCGCCUUCGGAAACACAAACAUCAGCGAGAUUGCCUUACCAAGAUCAUUAAAGCAAAUUGGCGACAAUGCUUUCGAACACGUAUUGUUCGCAGAUCUCAAAUUGGAAAACUUUGAUGCAUUAACUGUUGGAAAGGAAGCAUUCGCUCACAACGAACUUCUCAAGACAGUAACAAUUGGAGACAAUGUUACACUUACAAAUGGUGCUUUCAAGGGAUGCAACAUUUUGGAGACUGUAACAUUUGGAUCAAAGAAGGUUAGAUUAGAUGACAACCUCUUCUACGAGUGUUUCAAGUUGAAGGAAGUCAAGGGAACAUUCGAAACAGUCGGACAAGCAACAUUCUAUCGCUGCUCAAGUCUCGAAAAAUUCAAUCUUGUCAAUGUUUCAUCAAUUGGUGGUGAAGCAUUCUGGUUAUGUGCCAAAUUAGAAGUUGAUUUCCCUAACCAGACAAUGUCAAUUGGCGACUCUGCAUUUGCCUAUUGCGACAAAGUUGUUAUUAAAACAAUUUACCAGGGAUAUACAAUUGGUUCCUCAGCGUUCAUGGGAUGCCUUGGAAUCACAGAAUUGAAGUUCUAUUCUUCAAAUUUCGGUGCCCAAGCAUUCGAAGGCUGCGAAAAAUUGAAGUCCGUUGAUGUAACCGCCAUCGAAGGAAGCUAUGCUGUUCCAAAUAAUGCUUUCGCAUAUUGCUUUGCUCUUGAGACACUCAAGAUCAAUGACAAGUUAACACAGAUUGGCAACUUGGCAUUCUACAAGACAAAGGUCACUGGAGAAAUUGAGUUAUUCAGCACAGUGAUCGGAUCAUUUGCUUUCGGCGAAACACUUAUCACAAAGCUUACACUCAGCUCUGUUCCACAAAUGGGAUCUGCUCCAUUCAUGAACUGCAAGCAUUUGAAGACCCUUGUUCUCAACUCCACUGAUAGAGACUCCUUAAGUUUAUCUCCAUUCAUUGGAUGUGAACAGUUAUAUGAUUACAAUAUAAAAUCAGCCAAAGAUUUGUCUCAUGAUAAUGGAGUUUUCUUUGACUCAAUGAAGUUAACUCUCUACGCAUUUGGCAGUAAGGCAACUGAAUUCGAAUUCCCACCGUUAGUAAUGAAAAUUUCUGCUGAUGCUUUCGUUUUGAGCAGACAAUUAAAGACAGUCAAUAUUAGUCAUUACGUUGAACUUCCAGCAGGACUAUUCGAAAACUGUCUCAACUUAACUACAUUCAACUACACAGCAAAUGAUAAUAAACUUAAAAACUCAUUGCCAGCAAGAUUGCUCUUUAACUGCACAAACUUAAAGAAGGUCGUUCUCAGCACCCAGAUAACAGAGUUAGGCGAAUAUUGCUUUGCAAAAUGCACUUCCCUCACUGAUAUUGAUUUAAGCAACGUCAUAAAGAUUGGAGGCAACUGUUUCGUAGCUUGCACAGCUUUGACAUCUGUUAAAAUUGAUAAUGUCGAGGAACUUGGAGAGUACGCAUUCAGUGAUACUGGUCUCAAGUCAGUUGUUUACCCACCAAAACUCAUAUUAGUUGUUAGCAAUGUCUUCAAUAAUGCAAAGAAGUUAUCUAAGGUUACUUUCGGAAAGAAUUUGAUGACACUCGAUGCUGGAUGUUUCGCAUACUCUGGAAUUUCUAAGUUGACAAUUCCAGCUACUGUAAUGUCUGUUGAUCCAACAGUCUUCGAUACUGCUGAUGUCAGUCUCAAGGUUGAGAAGAACAGUGUCUUCUUCACAGUAUCCGGAAAUUGCUUAAUUGACAAGUAUUCUGGAAACUUGGUCUUAACAUUCGGAAAGUUAUCAAAGACAUACACAAUUCCAAAGGAUGUAAAGAAGAUCGGUGCAAAUUCAAUCCGCCCAUGGAUUGAGGCAGCUACUGUCGGCAAAACCACCCUCUACCAGAAGAGUAUUGGAACAACUGUCAUCAAGAUUCCAGCAUCUGUUGUUUCAAUUGAUCCAACUGCUUUCAAUGCUGAUACAUAUCUUUACACAGUUUGCUAUGAUGGAUUCGUUUAUUCACAAUCAUCACCAGAAGCUUCAAAUCCAAUCUUAACAAACGCUUAUGUCACAGAUAAAUAUCCAUAUGGUGAUUUGUUGGGUAAAGCUGCUCUCAAGUCAUGCAGCACUAAAGUCCCAGGUGAAUUGAACGCAAGACACAUCAUCGGCCUCUCAGUUGCUGAGAUAGUUUUGAUUGUAAUUGUCGUUCUCUUAAUCAUUCUCUUUGUUGUUGGUUUCAUUAUCAUUCGUAUGAAAUUACCAAAGGCAGGUGACAAGACAGUCUUCCAACCAAUUAGUUAA